AUGUAUACAUAUGAUUUUGGUGGACCAAUACUUCAAUGGAUAGAAAACCAUUGGGAACAAGUCGAUAUAGCAUCUUUUAAUAGAGGUGGCUGUGAAUUGUCACCUUCUGAAGCUUAUAUUAGACUUGCAUAUUAUCGUGAUUGGAUUGAAUCAUACAUUGGUAAUAGAAGUCAACCUGAUAUGACAAUGUUAACAACAAUAAAUAUAACACUUAGACCUACAGCAGCAACAUAUUUAACUACUUAUGAAUGUGACAAGCAGAUAUGGCCAUGUGGAUGUGGAUAUCGAAAUGUGAAACUUACUCAAUCGAACAUUCUAUAUACAUCUAAAUCAUCACGGAGUAUUACUGUUUCAGCUGACAUAACAAAUCGUUCAGAUUCUGAGCAAGUUCUACGCACUGUCGAUCGAAUUUACAUUCAUCCAAAUUAUAUAGGUGCAUCAACUGGUUAUCUUCAUGAUAUUGCUGGUAUUACAUAUCAAUGA